AUGGGGAGGAGCUUUCGGGUGAUGGGUUAUUUUCUGGGAGAGAGAGAGAAGGGGAUACCUUUGAUGUGGGCUGGUCGCUGGAGUCUAGGCGUAGGUUGCUGCGCAUCUCUGGGAAGUGUAUGGGUUCAGUGGAUCUGUGGUGGGGAUGGGCUCAGCGGUGGACAAGGGUGGUGGGGUAGUGUAGUGCUUGGUGGAUUUCAUGGUGGUGGCUAUGGCUUGGUAGGCUGUGGUAGACAUGAAGACGGUGUAGUGAAAGAGUUGGAAAGAGAUGGAGACGGUGGUGGUGGCGUCGCUGACAAUUGUCGAUCUUGGUGGCUGGGCAUUGCGACAGAGAUUGUUCUGAGGAGAAGAGAGUAG